AUGAGUAUGUAAAUUAGCAUAACUUUGUCCUUUUCUACCUUAAUAUCAUCUAACCUUUCCUAUUGUGCGCUAACUUACCGUGAUACGAAGUUUUUAACGAAAAAACGCUGCUUACUAUAAUAUUAUAGCUCUAACCUCACUUUAAAAAAAUGAACUUACUUUUUUCGUAUUUUACACAUUAUUAUCAGCUCUCUAACCUUUUUCUUUAUAAACCCCCCUAACCUUUUCUACUUUCAGCUAUUGGCAUUGGAAAUCCUGGCCGGUUUGUGUUUAGCGACGGACGGCGGGCAUUCGGCCGUUCUCAAGGCCUUCACUGAUGCCACCACGCUACUGGGCGAACGUACUCGAUUCCAAAAGCUCGUAGAUGAACUGCAUCGACAGCACGGCCAACCGAGAGAUACUGAACGAGUACGCGUGGCAUUGAUGUCGUUGAUUAAUGCGCUGUUGAAGAGUGGACCUGCUGAGGUAAGGCUUGACUGAUGGUUGAUAUUAUAGUGAGCUUGAGAGGAUUUUAGUGUGGUAUAGCGUGAUCAUUAGGCAUCUUUACUAUAGUAUUGAUAUUGUUCAAAUAAUUCUGAGCUUUUUCUCAAACCAAAUUUUUGGGGUGAGGGGCACAGAAUUAUUCGAAUAAACUAAUAUCUAUGUUAAUAUGCAGUAGCUUCACAUUUAUUUUAUAAAACCAAAAGCUGGUGUUAUACCUAAAAAACAUUUCAACUCAUGCUUAAAACUCAAACGAGUAGCCAUCCCAUCACCUAAAACAAGAUAGCAAUUAAGAAAAAAAUUAUAGCCUUAACGCCGUGUUAAACCUACAGUAAUGCCCAUUGAAACAUUUUUGGAAGCCUUCCAACACUUUUCCUUUUGUCCACCAAAUUAAAUACAUUAAGGUUGGGAAUUAUUUAAGAGCUGUAAUGGAUACUUUUUGCAUUCUUCAGAAGCCGCGCAGAACGUCAAAGUUCCAAAAGUUUCAUUGAAUAGAUUUGAAUAGGUAAUAGGUUAAGGCAGACGGAUUUUAGUGGGGUUAUGAUGAUGUUCAGAUGGUGGUUCAUGUUAGAGUUGUUGUAGAUGAUAAGGAUGCUUUGGAUGAUAAGGUUGUGUUAGAUGUUAAGGUCGAUUUAGUAGUGUGAUAUUAUUAUAUAUAUUAGGUCGUUCAAAUAAUCCUGUGCUCUUUCUCAAAGCAAAUUUUUGGGCUUAUGGAGCCCAUAAUUAUUUGAACAACAUAAGAAUUUAAACGAUGAUGAUUUAGAAAGGCGUAAUUUAAAGUUUGGCAUUUUGUUGACUUUUCAGGUUUUCUUGUCGAAAUUCAGAAAAUUUUUUAUUUUUGGAUUGUGACAUAAAAAUUAAAGGCAUUGCAAUGUAAAAUACGUAAUCUUUCUUUUGCUUUGCUAGUUCAGAGAUAAAAGUAAUGCUAUCUCUAUGUAAUGUAUAAAAGAAUACUGUAUUCCUUUAUAAAUUAAAAGUGAUAGUUUUGCAAUACAGCAUAUAUAAAGCCAAAUUUAAGCCUUCGAGCAUUUCGACCGCAGUAGCCCUGCAUCAGAAUUAAAAAUUAAGAGAUGAAAUCUGAGCACGGGUCGGGUUACAGCGUCGUUACCUGUUCGCGCUCGAGGCGAACAGACCUCGAAUCUGUUUCGAAUAUUUCUUGAGGCUAUUUGGUUACGGCAGGGUUAAGAUUCGAAAGUAAUGGGAAGGUUUUGGGAAAUUUUAAGCUUGUUCUAAUCUUUUUCAAAAAUUAUUUUUUUGAUGGCAGGGGUGAUUUUUUGGAAGAUUUUGAUAAGGUAGAGUAGGGUGGAGAAAGUUGGGUAGGGUAGAGCAUGAUAAUGUAUUUUAUAGUAGGGCAGGAUAACAUAAGAUAUCAAGAUGUUUUUCCUGUUUGAACGCAAUCAGCUAGCCCCCAAACCAAUUAUAAUUUCCUUUCCAUUUUUCUCGAACGCCAAUGUCAUCAAACACGAAAGGCAUUUUUUGUUGCAUAAACGUUCGUUCAAGAAUCGAAAAAAUGAAAAGAAAAGCUUGCGCACCCAAAGUUUUGUUAAUAACAACCCCCUCCCCCUGCGGCACCUUUCACUGCAAAAUGAUUUCGUCGAAAUUGUUUUACGAUUCAAAUCCAAAAACAUACGUUUUAAGCUGUGAUAAAUGGCUAGGAUCAGCGCUUCCGAUCCCCACUGGCGGAACGCUUUUAUGUUUUUUUCGACGAACUUUGCUCGCCUUAAGUUGUUAGCCGGGAUCAGGGUAUAAGUACUGGUUUUGACACUUGUAAAUGGGUGAUUUUGAUAGUUGGACACUUUUAAAUGUGUGAUUUUAAUAGCUUUACACUUAUAAGUUGUCACAAAUAUUUUUAUUUUUUUAAGUUAACGAGCUGCCAAUUAGUGCCAAAUUUAACCGCCAGUUUUUAAAAGCUAACUUUAGUAUAGAAUCUAUUGUGUAGAAUUUCCAUAUCAGAAAGGAGAUUAUAAACAAAAUUUUAUUCAAAAAUGACCUUUUAAUGCCAAUUUAUUGCAUUUAAAAUUUUUCACGUCCACCUUAAUUUGGUCCUGCCACGACUUUUUGAAAGCGCAGGUUGUAAGCUGAAUUUUUUGCAGAGCAUUCUUUAUAUGAUAAGUGUAUGUUAUGCGUAUUUUGGUUUUGUCUUAACAAUUAUAAGCUAAAAUAUAGAAGUUUUAACUUUUCCCGCGCGUCUCAGUUGGGUCCCGCCACGAUUUUUUGAAAAUUCACUUUAGAAGCUAAAAUUUUGCAUGAGCCUUCUCGAUAUGACAAGUUUAUCUAAUGCGAAUUUUGGCUUUGUUUCAACAUUUACAAACUAAAAAAUAGAGGUUUAAACUUUUCAUGCGAACUUUAACUUGGUCCCACCACGAAAAAUUUCAACAACAAAUUAUGAAAUUAAAUUUUAUUUUUUGUUAUUUUUUGACAAUUUUAUCGUACUUUUGGUGGGUUUUCUGUACUAAAAUAGUGGGUUUUGUUUCUUUUUCGACGACAUAUUUGUAUUUACAAGAUCGAACGUUAAACUUUUUAUAAAAUAAAUAGGAUAAUGACGUCGACGAGCAAAUAAACUGCUUUUUUGUUGCUUUUUAGGUAUACAACCGAGAAGUUGAGGAUGUUUAGAGAGUUGGAUGUGUUUAGAGGAUAGGAUUUGAUUAAUUUGAGGUUUUGAAUUUGAUUUUCAAUUGAUUUAGGGGCUGGUGAGGGCUGUUUUUGGACAAGUUCUUAACGUUUUUAUAAGAUUAGGUAAGAAGAUUGUAAAAACUUGGCUUUUCGGUUGAUUUUUGAAGGUUUUCAGUUAGUUUUGGGGACGAUGGAUUCAGUGGAUGUAGAUAAUGAACAUUAAAAGCUGUUUAUAAUUUUGUUUUGAAGAAAAAUUUUAGGUAACAAAUUUCGGAAAAAAUUUAUUUUUAGGUUUUUAAAUGAUUUUGGGUCAAUAAAUUUAUGAGUUGAUGAUCUUAGGUACAUAACUAAGUAUUUGAAGUUAAUUCCGGUUUGAUUUUCGGUUUUAGGUAACAAAUUUUGAAAAAUUUUAUUUUUUUUAGUGCUUGGGCUAAUAGAGAACUGAAUUGAUGAUCUUAGGAACAUAACAGAGCAUUAGAGGCUGAUUUUAAUAUUUAUUUUACGUAAAAAUUUUUAAGUAACAAAAUUUUUAAAAAUGUUAUAGUAAGUUCAAACUGUUUACAACAAUACUUUUUGAAUAUUUAUAAACAGACUGUGCUUUUAAAUGACACAAAAAGCCAAUUUCAAGAUAUUUUUAUUGCCAUUCCAUCAAUAAAAUUUAGGUAACAUUAAAAUUUUGAAAGUUUUUGCAAAAACUCAUAAAAUAUUUUGAGUUAUUCGUAUAGUCCACUUUGAUGUUAUUUUGUUCGUCUACUGAUAUCCGGUUUAUUUGUUGUUUUUGGAGCCUAUUUCCUUUUAUAGUUUAUCCGUUCGCAAAAUGCCAUUUGAGAUUGGAUUGGCUAAUUUGUGAAAUUAAAAAAAAUAGCAUUGGUUCAAUGAAAAUGUUUCCUUUUUGGGUAUUAAAAUGUUUUUUAAGGGGAUUAGUGAUUACUAUAUUUGGGUUCUUAGGGUCGAAAAUGAACUUUUAUUUAAAUAUUUUUUUUAACGUGAACUUUCGUUUACAAGGAAAAUACCCUACCUCUUUUUUGUAAAGUUUUUUUGAAAAAAUUUCUCAAAAAAAUAUUUUUUACUCAAAAACUUACUCGUACAUAACAUGGUCACAAAAUUUACAUAGUAAAUGUAAUGCGGAAUUUUUUGAAGCACUGGUCACUCUAAGGGAAUUCUUGCGUCGAAUGCUAAUUUUGGGGUUAAAAGUGCGAAAACGGGAUGCGUUUAAAGAUUUGCAGGGCUCUAAUUUAAAACUGGCUUCUUGGGAAUGAUGUUUUAGUUUUUGGAUUGUACUUUAUGCAUGAUUUUAGUUUUUAACGAUUUCGAGCCCCUAAGCAUAUUUUUGUAGCAUUGAAAUGAUUUUUUUGUUGAUUUUGCCAAAAAUUGCAAGGAAUAUUAUUUAAAAAAGCUGUUUAAAGCUUUAAUGCUCCAAAUCUCAAAAACUAAAGAAUUCAAAUUAAACUGAACUUCCGACCCACAAUGGACCUUCAGUUAUCUGACCCUCGGGGCGAAAGAAUUUCACACGUUCCUUUUGGUCACUCUCCCUCGCAUCAAAGGUGUGAAUAAAAGGAAGAAGAGUUUAUUCAAAUUUCUUUAGCGCGGGAACAGCGGAAUGCGAUGCCCGAGGUUUUGUUAGCUCAGAGUCUAGACUAAACUUGUGUUUGGAAUGUUGGGGUGGGUAAAUUUGAAUAAAGCUUUAUAGGAUGGUAUGGUUGGUUGAAAUUAGGGAUGAGGAGAAAAUUGGUCGCAUGACUUUGAAUUUUUUAAGUUUAUACGGUAUGGAAUAAGUUUUUUGUGGUAUAUGGACGGUCUAUGGGAGGGAGAGAACCUGGCCUUCAGAAAAAUUCAAAAUUAGAGUUUUAAAAAACUUUACAUUGUUUAUGAUGGCCGUCAUCUUAUCCUAAACUAAGUGCAUCUAAACCCCUGAUUAAUGUUAUCAAAAAUCCGAGAAAUGCUUAUAUAACCUAAAACUAGCUAAUUACAGAAUAAACGCGUGAAGAGCAUAAAACAAAACAUUCUAUAUAUUUUUCAAGAAGAUAUAUAAUGUACUUUUUAAUCAAAAUUCUUCAGAUGCUGAUUAAACUUGAUAAACAUGAUUUGCUGUAUUACUUUUCUUUUAAUCAUACUUCUCAAAUAUUUAUUCUUGUUUUCGGCGUUUAUGUUAAUAUUUUGAAGUGAUUUUUAUAUGUUUUAGUAGUUUAAUAAAUUUGUUAUAAAGGCUUGUAUUACAGAAUUGUUAUUGCUGUGUAAUGAUGUUAAAGUACCGAUUUAUUGGUACAUUACGAUAGCAAUACUACAAGUCUUUAAAGUUAUGUGACCCAGCUACUAUAAGAUAUGAAAAUCACUAGAAAAGAUCAAAAAAGAGUCAAAGACAAGAAAGAAGUAAUAUAUGAGAUAUAUGAUUAAUAGAAGAGUAAUAAAGGAAAUCGUGUUUAUCAACUUUUAAUUAGCUCUUGACGGAUGUUGAUUAGAAAUACAUUACACAUCUUCUCGAAGAGUAUAUCUAAUUUGUUGUUUUAUACUUUUCACGCCUUUCUUCGGUAAUUAGCUAGUUUUGAGUUGCGUAAGCUUUUCUCGUAUCUUUGACAACAUUAAUCAGUGUUUUAGCUGCUGUUAGUUUCGGAUAAGAUGACGGCAUCAUAAAGUUCGAGUUCUUAAGUUUGGGAUGAAUUUUAACUAGUAGAAGAUUUAGUUUUCUAGGUCUAAUAUACAACUUGUACUGGUAUAUUAGUGAUAAGACGUGAAAAAUCUUUAAAAUUAAGAAAAAUCGAUUCACGGUUUUAAAAGACGCUAUCUUCAGACUUCUCUCGAAUUCCGCCUCCACUUACGAUAUGAACUGCUGAUGCUGGGAAUCGGCGAAGUAAUCGACCAACUCCGCACACAACAUGGCCAAGCCUUGGAGGACCAUCUUGACCUGUUCGAAAUGAUGCGACACGAAGACGAACUCGACCUCACACAAUCCUCAGCGUCUACUUCAGACCAGUCGAUGGACCUGAACGUUGAUGUGGAGAAUCCAUCUCAAGUCGUCGAGUAUCUACAACGAAGGUUGGAGCAUACAGUAGCGUUUCCUCGCUUCUUGAGUAUUCUACAACAUCUGAUUUUGGUACCGACGGACGAGAGGCAUCUCAACAUCUGGCGGUUGUUCGACUUGAUCAUCCAACAGCUGAGUAUCAAAACGACAUUGGAUGAUAGUAACAUCAGUGAUGUUGAUCCAAGUUUUAACAAAAGUUACGAUUUUGAGAUGGAUGAGGUGCUGACAAGGUUGAGGACACAAAACGAAUGUGAAAGGCUGGAAAAGGAGUUGAAUGAGGCGAAGGAUGAGCUGGAUCAGGAGAGGAAGAAGGUCAUGGAAUUGGAGAACAGACUCAGCGAUAUUCAAGUAGGUGUUUUGGUGAAUUUUUGGGGAUAAUAAUGUUUCUAGAGCCUACUAUAACAUGGAUAACAUUGUAAAAACUUUUUUGAAAUAAUUUUAAAAUUUUGUACUUUUCAGGAUGGCAUGUCGUUAUCAUCGUUCUCUCGAGUUUCCGAUCUCUCAACAACAUCUUCUGAUCCUCGCCAAUCUCCAACACCUACAAUAUCUUCAAUCGCCUCAAUACCUCCAGUACAACCUCCUCGUAUGAUACCUCCACCACCACCUCCUCCGCCACCGUUCGGGGCAAAUCCAUUAGCUCAAACUGUUAAGAAAAAGGUGGGUUUUUGAGUAUUAUAGGCAUGUAUAUAGAGGAUGAAGGUAAAAAUUUGGAUAUAGUUGAGAAGGUGAUCUCUUGGUGAAAGAAUAAUGAUUUUACCUCUAAAACAAUAUGAUUAUAGGUCCCAAAACCAGCUUCAUCAGUCCGCACUCUCAAUUGGACAAAACUCGCCAAUGACAAAGUCAAAGGCACGGUCUGGGAGAACGUGAAUGAAGAGAAACUUUACGACCAACUCGACCUAACAAUCCUCUGCCAACAAUUCGCCGCAACGAAAACGGAAUCAGAAGCCUCAACAGCCACACUACACAAGAGAUUCUUCAAACCAGAAACGGUUCAAUCUGUGAUCGAACCACGACGAUCUCAGAACUGCACCAUUAUGUUGUCGAAGCUCAAGUUGAGUCACAAGGAAAUACGAAAUGCCCUCUUAAGUAUGGACGAAAAACAGAAAUUGCCAAAGGACAUGAUCGAACAGAUGUUGAAGUACAUUCCGACAAAGGAAGAGCUCCAACUGAUUGAUGAAACACUGUCAAAGAACAAAACUCCUGCUGUUCUGCCGCUGGCUGAUCGAUUCUUCUACGAAGUCGGACAGAUUCAGAGGUACGAGCAGAGGCUUCAGUGUCUAUACACGAUGAGAACGUUCCAAGAACGAGUUGAGGAAUUGGUGCCGUAUUUAAAUGGUAAGAAGGUGUAGAUUAUAUUGUAGUAGACAUGAGGUCAUAGAAGGGAUGUGUUUAAGUUGGGAGAGAGAGGAAAAUAUUUUUUUUCUUUUUUUUUCUUAUUCUUCUUCUUGCUCUUAUUGUUGUUCUUCUUCUUGUUAUUUCUCUCGUUCUCUUUCUUGUUUUUUAUUUUCUUCUUUCUGUUCUUAUUUUUGUUCUUGCUCUUCUUCUUAUUCUUUGUUUUGUUCCUCGUUUAGUUUUUCUUUUUUUGUUUUUUGUUCUUCUUCUUUAGCUUCUUCUUUUUCAUCUUUAUGUUCUUCUUGUUUAUUUCUCUUUUCUUUAUUUUUUCUUGAUUAUUUAUGAACGUUAUUCGUAUAGUUUAAAUAAGAAACAAGACAUUUAUAUGUUUAUUUCUAAAAUUCAGUGCUUAUAGAACCUAAAACAUUAUCUUUUUCAGCGGUCUCUAAAGCCUCCACAACACUAACCUCAUCCAAACGUCUCAAGCAGCUCUUAGCCUUGCUUUUGGCUAUUGGAAACUAUCUAAAUUUCGGAAAACGUAUGGGAAAUGCGAUGGGAUUCACGAUAGGAUCGAUAAAUCAAGUCACGAACGUGAGGUCAUCGCUGAAAGCUGAUCGAAACCUAUUACAUUACAUUGCCGAGAUCAUCGAGAACAAAUUCCCAGAUUUGUUGAGGAUAAAACGAGAGUUACAAUGCGUUUUCGAGGCUACAAAGUUUACGUGAGUUUGGUUUUUGUGGAUUUCAGAGGGUGGUUUAGGUAUUUUUGGUGAUUAAAAGGUGGAUAUUUAGGUUUUUGUAGUGUAAAUAGCUGUGUAAGGAUAAGAAGAUUUAUAUUGAGGUAGUAUCGCUCUAAUCAAGGCCUUUUCCAUCUACUAUUAAGCCUUUUUCUUUCAGCAAAAACGAAAUGGAGCAAGAAAUCAAAUCCCUUCAGUCAGCCUUGUGCUUCGUUUCGGCCGAACUCCGAAUCCAUCAACAAAAACUCAUGGAAACCAAGAAACAAGCCUUCAUUAACAACAACAAUAACAACCUCCCGGAGCCGGAGGAAAAAGCUCCAGAAUGCAGCGAUGAACAAGAUCAUGGACAUGAUUCAGGUGUGGAGACUGGAGAAGCUCCCAAAAGACAGAGCCAACGACAAAAAGCUGACAAAUUCAUUGCCAUGGUGUCUGGAUUCUUGAGAGAAGCCAACAAAGCUUUGAAUGCAUUGGAGACGGCUCAUGAGGACACGCAGGGAAAGGUAGGGAUAAGAUUUUUGUUUGUUUGAAAAUUUUGAGUUUUUUUGAAUUUUUUAAAAAAGAAAAAAAAAGUUUUUAGAGGUUUUUGGCUGUCGAAUGUUGAAGUUUAAAGUCUUUUUCGAAAUAUUUUUUUAAAGUUUUGGGACUUUGAAGCGGAAUUUAAGCGUGGAAAUUAGAAUUUUUAGGCAUUUUUCAAAGAAAACUGAUUAAGAAAUAGAUUUUUUAGAGUUAAAAAUGUAUAAAAUCAUAUUUGCUUUAGUCAUAAACAAUAUAAAUUUAUGUUUCUUUAAUAUAAUAUGGUUUUAGUUCACGGAAUGUGCUCGUUUCUUUGCCGAAGAUGCUUCAAAGUCGAGUCCAGAUCAAUUCUUCGGCGUCUUCACAAGAUUCUUGAACCAAUUCAGCGAUUGCUAUGCGAUGGUACUGAAAGAACGCGAAGAUCAGGAGAGAGUAAAGAAGCAGACAAUAUCGAGGACAUUGUUUUCUAGAAAAGGUGGGUUUUUCGAUAAUUUUUAUAGGAAGAAUAUUGGUAUCUUUCAAUUAAAUUUAUGGUAAAUUCGAAUUUUUUGGCAUUUUUUUUAUUUUUCGAGUUUUGAGGAAAUAUGGACUACAACAAUGUUGAUAAUUAAAAAUUUCAGUGAAUCGUGGAAAACGAGACGACAAGAACAAGGACUUUGAGCGUCUGAUUGACGCGCUACAAACAGGCGAAAUCUUCUCCGAAGACCUGAGCCGCCUUCGAAUGUCCGUCCGCCAUCCAAAGAAACGGCCAACACAACAGCCAGCCAUUGGCUAA